AUGAAGUUCUACUGGGUUGUGUUGUGGUCUCUUUGGGCCGCUCGUUUGGUUCAGCAACCAACACCACUGGUUCGUGUGACUGGUGGUUGGUUGCGUGGUUUUCUUGCUCCUGAUGGCUCCCACAAGCGAUACCUCGCGAUACCUUAUGCCAGGCAUCCUAUCAAACGAUUUCAGGCACCUGAUGUGAACCUGAGAUGGGAUGGUGUUUUUGAAGCGAUAGAAGAAAAUAGCGGAUCCUCUUUAAGUUCUUGGGUUCUGCAAUUUAAACCAGUCUACAUGGCCAGUUUAAUAACAAAAGUAAUGGGACACUUAACGGAAGAUGCUCAAGAGUUAUACAAUAUAUUAUUAAAUAAAUCUGAUUCAGAGCUAAUUGUGACCAGAGUGCCUAGAAAAGAGGGACACAUUAUAUUAUCUGAAUGUCUUUAUACACCCUGUAUUGAAAAAGAAUUUGAAGGCAUAGAACCAUUCUUAACGGAUCUUCCCUAUAACGUAUUAACCAAAGGUCAUUAUAAUAAAGUUCCGAUAAUGAUAGGUUCCAAUCUUGAAGAAGGUUUACUUUUUGCUAGUCUCGAAAAUGACACAACAAUUCCAAAUAUAAAAUUAGAAAAAUCUUUGCCAAAAGACUUGUCAAUACCUUUGGAGUCGGAACGGAAAAAAGUCGGAGAUAAGCUUAGGAAUUAUUAUAUUGGUGAUGAGGAAAUAUCUAAGAGGACUUUAGCAAACUUAUCACGUUUCCAUGGAGAAGUAUACUUUACGUAUCCAAUUUUAGAAGAAACUGAAAUUUAUAUAAACACUAAUGACAAGCCUGUAUACAGCUACCUCUUUAAAUAUAGCGGAUGGCGCAAUUUUAUCAAAUUAGCUAUUGGUAAGACCUUUGAAUCCAAGAAAGGGCCGACUCACGCUGAAGAUUUGUUCUACCUAUUCAGAGUGAUGUGGCUUCCUACUCUUUUUGAAGAUAAAAUGAUAAAUAGAAUGACAACUUUAUGGACAAACUUUGCCAAAUAUGGGGAUCCAACGCCAGUAGUGAGUGAGUUGCUGCCACUACGUUGGCCCGCAGCGACUGUCUCGUCUCCAGUUUCCUUCGUCAUCGACGAGGAAUUCUCCACCUCUCCCCUCUGGUACACGGACUCCUUGAAAUACCUUCGAGAAGUUUACACGAAGCAUAGACGAAAACAGGAUUAA